GGGAAGAUUGAGACCCCCUCUCUUUUAUUACGAAAUCUGGAGUACCAACUUCGAUCGUUCCCAGGGAAGGAGCAGCGGCAGUCGCGUGUAGGAGCCUGUCCGGCCUUGUUGUCGCGCGAAGCGCCCAGCACCUGCAUCAUGCGGCGGAACGCGGCCCCGCCCUCCGCCGAGUCGGCGAAUCCUGGGCCCCCGGCCUCAGGGGCCACCUCCCGGAAGAGGCCGGGGAUGGCAAAGUUGGCGGCCAGGGCCGAGACGAAGAUCGGGAAGCAGUGGCCGAAGCCCGUCGCGUUGAAGGCGACGACGUCGUUGGUCUCGUACUCGGCGCCCCGGUACGUGCCGUCGAAAUAUCUCAGCACUCCCACGGCGCUGGAGAGCAGGACGGCCAGCACGCCCACGGCGCUGGACCACUUCAGGAAGCCGAACGACUUGGCGCAGGAGAGGGGCCAGCAGAUCGCUACGACGGCGAUGGCCGCCUCACUCUGGGAGUCGCCCAGGCGCUGGCGGAAGGAACAAACUUGCAGACCAGGCUGCAGAGGAAGUCUCCGAGCGCGAUGGGAUAGGCCGCGAGGACUCCCAUGGUGAAGACCAGGCACCUUAGAGCCACGGCGCGCGCCCCGCGCUCGCCGAGGGUGGCCGCCCCCAGCUCCCCGUAGGAAAAGCGGCCGGUCUCGCUCGAGAGCAGCACC